ACGUUUCCUCUUUCCAGCCUGUAACAACGAUGCAGUUUUUUGGAUCAAAGAGAAAGAAACUGAUUCUGGCAGGUGACCAGAGGGUUGCUUCCUAUCCUCAUAGCCUUCAGUUCUACCUACAACCUCCUUCUGAAAACAUAUCUUUGAUAGAGUUUGAAACUCUGGCUAUUGAUAGGCUUAAACUGCUCAAGAUAGUUGAAAAUCUUGGUGUGAGCUAUGUGAAAGGGUCUGAGCAAUACCAGAGUAAGCUGGAGAUUGAGAUUCGAAGACUCAAAUUUUCCUACAGAGAAAGUUCAGAUGAUGAAUUUGAAGCACGAAGAAGGGAUCACAUAUCUCAUUUCAUCUUGCGUCUUGCUUAUUGCCAGUCAGAGGAUCUCAGACGCUGGCUCAUUCAACAAGAAAUGGACCUGUUUCGAUUUCGAUUCAGCAUUCUGCCUCCUGACACGGUCCAGGGUUUCCUAAAGGAUAGUCAUCUGCAGUUUGAAACUAUUAGUAAAGAAGAAAAGGCGCUCCACUCUCAGGAUAUUCUUGAUUCAUCCAUGCCUUUAGGUGGAAACAAGUAUGAAUUAGAAGCUGUUUAUAAGGUUCCUUUUGCUGAUGCUUUGGAUUUGUUCCGAGGAAGGAAAGUCUAUUUGGAGCGUGGCUUUGCUUUUGUGCCGCAUCAGGAUAUUGUGUCAAUCAUCUUGAAUGACUUUAGAGCCAAACUGUCCAAGGCUUUGGCAUUAACAGCAAGGUCACUUCCAUCUGUGCAAUCUGAUGAGCGACUACAGCCUCUUCUUAAUCACCUCAGUCAUUCCUAUGUUGGUCAAGAUUACAAUACACAAGGAAAUAUGGGAAAAAUUUCACUGGAUCAGCUUGAUUCUCUUGCAAUGAAAUCAUUCCCUCUUUGUAUGCGUCAGCUGCAUAAAGCUUUGCGAGAACAUCAUCAUCUUCGGCAUGGUGGCCGAAUGCAAUAUGGUCUUUUCCUGAAGGGAAUUGGCUUAACAUUGGAGCAAGCAUUGCAGUUCUGGAAGCUAGAAUUUAUCAAAGGAAAAGUGGAUACAGACAAGUUUGACAAAGGCUAUGCUUACAACAUCCGCCAUAGCUAUGGUAAGGAAGGCAAGAGAACAGACUACACACCGUUCAGCUGCAUGAAGAUUAUACUAACCAAUCCACCGAGCCAAGGGGAUUAUCACGGGUGCCCAUUCCGCCACAGUGAUCCUGAGCUGUUGAAGCAGAGGCUCCAGUCAUCCAAGGUCUCUCAAACCGGGAUAAACCAGAUUUUGGAUUACGUAAAAGGCACUCACUACCAGUUGGCCUGUCAGAAGUUCUUCGAUCUAACACAUAAUAUUGAAGAUGGUAUGUUUUCUUUGAAUCAUCCUAAUCAGUACUUUUUGGAGAGCCAGAAGCUUCUCAGUGGUGGCCGAGAAGUCAGAAAGGAGCCUAGCCAGCCAGAAGUUCCUCAGGCCAAGCAGAGUGUCCAGAAAACUUCUAAUUCCACAUCUUCUCCCCCAGCAUCUUUAGAUUCUACACUGGAAAUGGAUAUGGAAGGGUUGGAGGGUUACUUCAGUGAAUAACACUUGACUGUCUCCCUUCUUCCUCAGCUUUCAGUUCUUCUUCCUAGGUUUUAUCCGUCUCCCCCUCCCCCCCCAACCUAAUUAGUAACAGGAGAGUCAUUUUCCAGGAUGGAUGUAGGUAUUUCAUUCAUUUUAUAACCUGAAAGUAGUAUCUUUUCAUUCCUCUUAGUUUAACCUAUUGCUUUGCCACUCCUUUUUCUCUCUACCAUCCUGAUGAAAAAUAAAUACUGAAAUGGAAAUGGAAACGUGUAUGUGUAUGAGGAAAAAAAAUACUGAGGGAAAGAGCUGACAUAAUAGCAGAUUGGAUGUUGCCACAUUUAAAAAAAAAAUGAUAGUAUAUUCUAGGGACUUCCCAACCUGCUUCUAGUUGCCAAAUGCCAAGAAAAGAGGGGGUAUAAAUCAUCAGAGAACAGCAGAACAGUCCGCAAAACUAUUUCUCAUCUGGCCAGUCCCCUUUAUUUUUGAUUUUUUCACAUAAAAAAGGAGAAAUCCCUCGCUGAAUGGAUUGUCAUUUUUUUUUGUGGCUGUGAUUGGCAGCAAAAUCUCUCAAGUGUACCUUAAAUCUGUGACUUGUAAAUGAAUGGAUAAAGGAAAACAAAGAAAAACCUUGUAUAUAUCUGGUUUUGUUUUCAUUUUCAUUCGGAGGCUUCAUUACCUAAAAUAAUUAAACUUACCAACUUUAAUUUUCA